UCGCGAUACAACUAAUCUUUACUAUCCAGCUUUUGCACGUUGGAUUGUUUGGUUACGAAGGCGACAGUGCUUAAGGGACGUUGAGCAAUGGCAAGUGUUUCUGGAGAAGCUUUAUUUUUAAUGCAAAGAUAUUGGGGAAGUGAUGAUGAGGAGCCAUUGAAAGUGUUUAAACAAUCAGAAAAUUUAAGUGCUGAUACUGAGCCUUUGAGAAAAAAAAGAAAACAAGAAUCUACUGAUUAUUUACAAGGAAAAAAUGAUGGUGAGAAUAACAUUUUAAAAAAGAAAGAUAUUGAAGAAAUUUAUUUAGAAUCCAGUAAUUCAUCAGAUGUAGAACUGCUUGAAACAAAAAUUUUAACACAGAAAAAAAACACAGAAAAAAGCAGUGAAAAAGAACAUAAAAAGCCAAAGAAAAAACUAAAUGUGGAAAAUGCAAUUCAGCCAAGUAUCGAUGAGUUUGAUUCUAAUCCACGAGAUUUAUCAGGGAACUUUUGUAAAAUAGGUCAAAUAAAGAAUAAAAAAAUUGAAAAAACACAACGAACUUUACCAGAAUGGUUAAACAAUCCAACAUUUAUUAGCAGAGAUUUGCAAGAAGAAAAGUCUCUUAUUUCUGAAAUAACGUAUUUAGAUGCUGUAAUUAAAAAAAAUUUAGAAAAGGCUGGUAUUCAGUAUCUUUUUCCUGUCCAGCUUGCAGUAAUUCCAUGGCUAAUGCAGUGCAAUCAACAGUGUCUUUACAUUCGCCCAUGUGAUUUAUGUGUUUCUGCUCCCACAGGUAGCGGCAAAACACUUGCAUUUGUUCUUCCUAUUGUUCAGUGUUUGAAAGAUAGAAUUGUGUGUGCUAUAAGGGCAGUUAUAGUUUUACCUGUUAGUGAAUUAGCUAUUCAAGUCUAUAAAGUGUUUGAAACAUUUGUGAAAGGUACAGAUCUAAAAGUCAUUCUUCUCACUGGUCACAAGUCUUUUCUUGCUGAACAAAAUGCACUUGUUAAAAAAGGAAAUCGUGGAUUCAGAAGUCUUGUUGAUAUAGUAGUCACUACUCCAGGCAGAAUUCUUGAUCAUAUUCAUAGGACUAAGGGCUUUUGUCUUAAGAGUUUACGUUAUUUGGUAAUAGAUGAAGCAGAUCGUAUGAUGGAUGAUAUACAACAAGGUUGGUUAAAACAAGUAGAAGAUUCUGUGUAUAAAGAAAGCCUUUCUCCUUCAUGUGUUUGUUUUGAUUUUAGUAACAAACGGAUGUCCACUCCUCCAUCCACAGCUUGUGGCUUUGGAUACAUUAUGCAGCCAAUGCAGAAGCUGCUAUAUUCUGCAACUCUUUCUCAUGAUCCAGAAAAAUUACAUACACUUUCUUUGCAUAAGCCAAAAUUAUUUACAGCUGCAUUACCAUCUGAAGCAGAAAAUGGGUGGAUUGGUAAAUGUCCUAUACCUGAUGAACUACGUAUGUUUGAAAUUAUCUGUGAGGAUGCAACAAAACCCAUGGUUCUCUGUCAUAUUAUUAAACAGAAAGCAUUUAGAAAAGUAUUGUGUUUUACUGAGACAGUAGAACGUGCACAACGAUUGCAUGUAAUACUUGCUGAAAUGGGUCUGUUGCAAGUACGUGAAAUUUCCUCAUAUAAUCGACCAAUACAGCGUAAAAUUGUUCUAGAGCAUUUUGUUUCUGGGAAAGUAAACAUUUUGGUAUGUUCAGAUUUAGUUGCAAGAGGAAUUGAUAUUGAAGAUAUAGACUGCGUAGUUUCAUAUGAUGUACCUACAUUUGUUAAGACAUAUAUCCACCGAAUAGGUAGGACUGCUAGAGCAGGUAAGAAAGGUACAGCAAUAACUUUGUUAUCUGAAGCUGAGAUUACAUGUUUCAGAAAAAUGUUGAAAACUGCAGAAAUACCAACUCCUGAAAGAGAACAUGUUGACUCUCAAGACCUUACCACAUAUGUUCCUUUAUAUCAGAAAGCUCUAAAAAUAGCUGAUGUAAAAAUCAAGAAGUUUAAAACACCCAAACAUCGAAAUUUGAAGGGAAAAAAGAAAAUCAAGAAAAAGACCAAAUUACGACAGUCAGCAAAACGGCAACAUAGUUGAGAUAUAUGAACAGCUUUUGUAAUAUAUCAUAUGUUACCAUAAAUGUAAGAAAAACUGCAUUCUAACAUAAAUUUUUCUAAACAGAA